AUGAAGGUGGUGACUCCCGAAAUUGCCUGGCAUGAGACCCUGCCCAUCUACUCCUGCGAUCUGCAACCUCUGGCUUCUGCCGGCUCUGGCAGCGCCACCGCUCGCUUGGCUCCCAACCGC